GAGGGUGAGCUAGAAAAGAAGUCAGAGAGAGUGGAAGAAAUGAGAGAAAGUGUAAACGACAUGCGACUGCUGCUGAAUAUGAACUACAGAGUUCUAGAUGACUACCUAAUGCAGCAAACUGCAGCCAAUGUGUCCCACGACCAAUACCUGCAGGAAGUGAAGUUCCAGGUUAUAAAUCUAAAGGAGACGUCAGAUAUGGCUAUCAGGGAAUACGAGGCCUUCCACAGGCUACUGAAGAUUGACAACCCACAACUGAAGACACUCUUCACCUUGUUGUCCCCUAGAAAAACACAGUCAACCAAACCCCCC